UUUCAAGUUAAGUAAUCCCCGGCUGGCCCCAUUUAAUAAAAGGAAGCGAGCGCCAGUAUCGAUCAAACUUUUAACCUCCACCAAACGAUUUGACAAUCAAUUCUGUCUACUUCACGCACAACAUGCCUAUAGUAAUAAAAGACUUCAAGUGGAAACAGACCCCGCAAAAUGUUACCAUCCAAGCACCGAUUCGCAAGGUCCACCCUGCAAAGGCGGACAUUUUCAUUGCGUCCAGAUACGUGAAAGUUACUUACGACAGGCACUUUUUCGAGGUGUUACUUUUCGAUAAAAUAGUCACAGACCGUAGCAAAUGUACGAUAACAGACGAUGAGGUUGUCUUUGAGCUUGAAAAGGAGGAAGCGAAAGACUGGCCUUUGGUGGAACCUGAUCUACCCAAGAAGGAGAAGUUACAGCUCAAAGCUCAAGUUUUGGAGGAGGCGUACAAAGAUAUACAGAAACGAUCAGAAGACCUAGCAGGCAAAAAAUCUGAAUUGAAACGAGUCGCCGUCCAAAAGCAGAUCGAAACAGAUACAAGUAUCAGAGGGAAAAUAGAGACCAUUAAAAAGGAGGAAGAGAAGAAUGCUCUUGGAGAUUUAGAAGAAUGGAGGAAAAGUGUGGAAAAAUAUAGAGCCAAACAGAAGUCAUCCAAGCAUCUAAGGAAGAUUCCACCAAAAAUACGCGAGGAGAAUGUUGAGGCGAAAAUUGAAGAACCAGCACCGUUAAGAGCAUCUCGCACCCUCGAAGUGGACUUCUCAGUAAGAGAGUUCCCCACACCUUGUAGAGAAUCCAUGUUGGAGGAAGAGAAUAAGUGGCUGACCAAACAGGCAGAGGCUCGAAGGUCAGCCGGGUUUGUAAGCGAAGACAUCAGGCCCGAAGAAAAGAACCCCCAGUAUAUCCAGGCCAAGGGAGAUGAGUUUAUGAAGAACAGAAAUUAUUUGGGUGCUAUCAGCGCGUACAGCUACGGGAUCAAGAUCAGCAAGAACUUUGUUGAUUUUUAUAUACGGAGGGCGGAGGCUCACAUGGCUGUAGGAAAUAUGAACAAGGUGGUUAGAGAUUGCAGCUCAGCCAUGGAGCUGCUUGUACCCCCAGUACCUUCCAACCAACGACAGAGAGCGCUCUGUACAGGCAGACGAGGCAUAGCCUUGUGCAAGCUCGGCAUGCUAAGACAGGGCAUCGACGAACUGGUUUUCAGUCUCAAGCUAAUGCCGAACGCAGAAUUUAUGGAGGCUCUGGAUCACGCUAGAAAGGAUUAUGAGGUGCAAAAGAACGAGGAGAAAAAAGCUGAAGAGAAAAGAAGGGAAGAAGACGGGGUACAAAGAGAGAGGGAAUCUGAGGAGGAAAAGGCGGGGCGACAUAAGGAAACUGAAAAUAUAGGAAAUGGUAAUGGCAAUAAUGAAAGAACCCAAACAAAAAAUGGAAUAGCAGGAAAACAAAAGACAGAAGAACAAUCAAAUGAGGAAAAAAAGCAAGGAGUUACAAAUCAAGAUGUCGAAGAGAAAUCGUAGAUAACUUUUAUUGUUACAUGAAAUAUAACUUGUAGUUUUAUUAUGAUAUGAUAUACCUAUUUAGUUCCCUUCUUUGAGUUUGCGAGGCAGUGCUCGAAAAUAAAACAAGUUCCCUGUAUCAUUGUUAAGCGUAGACAUGAUCAACUUUCCUUUCAAACAAAAAGUGGCGUCAAGUAGGUCCAAUCUACACAUCCCACGCAACGCCGUCUUCAGUUCAUAAAGAAUUAUAUUCGGCACAAGUUCGGUCCUGUCGAAAUAAGACCUUAUAUACUGGAUAGAGAAUAGUUGCUAUGAUUUCUUUCGUUGUCCCAGAGAUCAUGCUGAUGAUUUGCCAAAAAAGCACGAAACAAACAACUGUCAUUGUUAGAGGGUUCUACCCUCCGGUUUUAGGGUAAAUCUGUAACUUCCUACCAAUGGUAGCCGUUCGGAGAUAGUCAAGUUUUUUUUUAUUUUAGUUUUUUUGGAUAACCAUUUAGCUAGGGUGGGUAAUACAUAAAUUCAUUCUUGUUAACCUGUCCUCCAGGACUUCUUUUGUUUGUUCAAUAAAUGUCUGGGUACCUUGUGA